AUGGCGAUGCACUCCACCACCCUCACACGAUGUCUCCGGACAACGCCGCUGUCGUUGUUUCGCCAACAAAUGCCUAAACAGCCACGGCAACUGAGCUUGUUGUCGGCGAACACGACACGGGCAUACAGCACAAACCCAAGCCCUCCUCAAGAAAACGAUGAAUCGGAGAAGCCGGCCGAAAAGGAGGCUGCUGCCGACGGCGACAAAAACAAUAACAACAGUACCGAAAAAACAACGACAACAUCCUCAUCUACCAACACCGAAACCUCCCCGGCACACGACCUUGUAUCAGAAGCCCAGACGCGCACAGAACGCACUAAGCAGCUUCUCGACAGCCUUAGAAUUAAAUCGCCCAUGUCCGGAUCGGGCAAUUCAAACCCGCCAACGAACCUAAAACAGUCACUGAAGGGUCUAACAAAAGGCCUUCGAGAACUCAAUGCGAAACCCAAAGACCCAGUCCUUGCGCGAGACUUUACGAAGUCCAUUGUUCCAGAAUUCGAAACAAAAAAACCAGACGAACAACAAUCACCAUCAUUAAGAACCGUGGCCAACAGAAUUUCGCCCAUACUGGACCGAAAACCCAAGCCAAUGAUCAAGACCGUGCCCCUGAAGCUGGGACCCAAACUGGGACGGCAGAUUAUGGUUCAGAAUGAUAGAGGCAUGGAUUGUGCGUCUGCGAUUCGCACCUUGGAAGUGUCCUGCAGGUCCAACAAUCUUCGUCGGCAGGAGCAGAAUCAAAGAUUCCAUGUGCGACGUGGCCAGGCGCGGAAGAAUCUGAGAAUUCAGCGCUGGAGGAAGCUGUUCAAGGUUUCGUUUCUUGCAACAGUCAGGAAAAUUGACCGUAUGAGAGAUCAGGGAUGGUGA